AUGUUGUCUAAGAUGACCGACAAAGAGAGUAAUUGGCAGGCCAAGAAGGGUAAUCCCACUAGCCUCAACCCUAGAAGGUCUAAGGAGAGUAUUAUUAAGCUAUUCGAGGCCACUAUUAUUGAAGCCAUUAAUGGUGGGUGGGUUACUCUGCAUGAGCACUACAGCUACUACUUUGAGGACACGGUGGGUGGCAAGGAGAAGAUUAAGACUCUGUUUGGUUGUGACUUUAUGAAUGAGGUCAAUGAUAAUCAAUGCAACGCCCAAGUCAUCAACGACAAGUUCAAGGUGGAAGGUGAGACCUAUCUCCCGGCCUGUGUACAACAGCUUCGUCGCAAGGGUCUUGAUGGCACGACCAGCUCAAUCUCGGUGGGCCAAGACGGUGUUAACCAUGAGGUCAGCUCCCCCUUGGUGGAACCUGCAGUGGUUGGGUGCAUUAUGGCCAUAUGCAUGUGCUGGAAACUCACUAUGUCUGAAGGUAUUGAGGCCUUCCUUGGUGGGUGUAGAGGUUAA